AGGGAUAGGGGGAAGUUGCAUCCGGUAAUCACAGCCACAAAAACAACAAGCGAUUGUAAAGCUUCUCAGUCGGCGAGUUCGCUUUUGAUAAAGAAACAUCAUGGGUUACGUUAGUGGUUUAUCUGCUGUUUUAAUAUUUUUUAUUAGUUUGUCCACCGGGCAAAGAAUAACCACCAUCCAGCUCGAUGGCGUCCAGUACUUCGUCAGCAGGAUGAACCCUUACUCGCCCGAAUUGAACUACUACCUGGCUUACCAGUACUGCAGGUCUUUAGGGCUCCAAUUAGUCUCGUUUGAAACUAAAGAAAAAGCAGACUCGAUCACCCAAUACCUCAAAAACGCCGGCUACGACAAAUUCGAUUUCUGGACUUCGGGGAAUCGGCUCGGGACUCACAUGUUCCUCUGGAUGAGCACCGGACUCCCCUUUAACGCCACUUUCAACUACAUGAGAAAAGCGGACGGCGAGGACGAGAACGGGGCCACUAUUUCCGACAUCGUCAGCGGCAGCACUAGCCCUCAGAGAACCGCAAGGGAGAGUAGCGAUAGCGGGUCGGCCAACGGGUGCGUGGUCCUGAAGGCCCCGAACUUCGAGUGGGAUACUGACGAUUGCGUGUCAAUUAAAGAUUUCAUUUGCGAGCAAACCCGUUGCUAUUAUUACAAUUAUGGUUCUAUUCCUGUGUCCACUGCGCAGGGGAAACCAAAACCCACAGUUACGACCACUCAGUCGACUCCGACGACCGAAAGUAUCAAAAAUAACUUUAUUCAUAUUAGUAAUAUUAUAAAUAAGCUUCGCUCAACUCAAACAGCUAAAAAAUCGGACAAACUGGAUGAUUCUGCAAUUCUGACUGACAAGGAGAAUUUGGAGCAGGCCACAAAUGGUCCGUACGACAAUUUUAACUCGCACGAUGAAUUGCAAGAUGAUCCGGCAGCUAUCGCUGAUCAGGCUUCUGAUUACGUCUCCACUAUUCAGCCUGAGAAGCUCAUCACCACCAUCGAUCCUUCCAAUCCGUCCAUGAAUUAGUAUUUAUUGUAUGUGAUGUCAUGUAUUACAUUCUCUGUAUUUUUAUAGCAGUUUAAUGUAGCAGUAAACAGUAAUAAAGACAUUCUUUUUUAA